AUGGCCACUGACAAUUCAGGGUUGGUCCAUCAUCUUGGAUAUGCAGAAUCUUUGAAUGUCGCCAUCAGCAUCUGCUUAACAUACACAUUGAUCUUCACAUGCGUCCGCAUACAUCUUCGGCGAAGCAGUUUCGGUGCAGAUGAUGCUGUCGUGAUCGUCGCUACUCUUGCUGCGAUGGCGCAUUUUGCAGCUUCGUAUGCUUGUCUUACAGCUGGUCUGGGCAAGCCAUACGAGAUGAUCAAGGAGCACAUCGACCGACUGAGUUCUAGAACGAUCGCAAGUGCUGUGACCUUUGUCCUUGCUCUCUAUGUUGCAAAGAUUGCUGCCUUGGUCUUCCUCAUGCGUAUUCAGUCGAAGACGCGCACUACCUUCUUUUAUCCGAUACUCGUCCUCUUAUAUACCAUCUUGGGUGUCGCAAGCGCAAUCACAGUCACAGCGGGGUGUCCAUCAAAAUCAGGCUACUACUGGAACUUCGAGGGAAACAAAGACUCGUGCCCUAGCGAAGAUCGCAGAUGGCAGGCCAUGACAGCUCUGGAUAUCGUCUCUGAGAUCAUCCUUUUAGCACUACCAAUCAACCUCGUAUGGUCAUUACAGAUGCCUCGGAGUCGCAAAAUCAUGGUCGUCGUAACCUUCUGGACGCGAGCUCCUACGAUAGCACUCUCGGUCAUCCGUCAAGUCUACACUUCAAAGCUCGCCUCUUCGUCUGUUACCGAUACCUCCCUUGCUAGCACCCUAGUAGUCAUCCUCAUGGCCGUCGAACUCACCUACGCUUUGAUAUCCUGCACCCUCACAACCUCAAAAAACUUCACCGAUGGCUUCAGCACAGGCUUUGGCAUGGGCCACAUCCCCGGUGCCGCAGAAUCCUACAAUCUCUCCGCCGUAGGAUCUUCCAGCAACCCACGAACACAUCGAGGCGGAGCUGGCUACAAAAGCAACAAGUCUACCAUGAAAGGAACAAACCACGGAACACAACUCAGUGGACACAGAUUUCAUGUCAAGACACCUAGUUUUGAAGAUGACAUUGAUGGACCUAUGCAAUUGAGACCUUCGUGUCAGGGAUUGGAGAGUAGGACGACUGUGCAAGCAGGGGAACAGAGAUAUUGGGGUGAAGAGGGGAGUAUAAGCAGUGAUGGUGGCCAUGAUGAUCUGGUUAUCGUUAGGCAUACUGAGUAUACUGUCUCUCAUGAUGAGGCACCUAUACUUCCCAAGAGCACAGUCUAG